UUCAUCAAAUAAGAGAUGGACAGCUCCUUGAAAGUCACGCAUUUCAGCGCAAAAUUUCCAAAGCCAUGUAAAGCCGAAAGCCGCAAAACAUUGGUACAGUUAGUGAUGGUUACACCACCCUGCCCCUGCAUUUUAGUUUCAAGCUCCCCACGCCACUUCCACACAAACUGCCAAGCGAAGCAGAAAGAGCGAAUUGAGGGCUAUACUGCAUCCGCCGGGAGGAUUGUGGAUGAGAUGGACUCUUUACUUGAAAGCAAAACAGAGUUUUCUCGGGAGUUAAGGAAAAUGUCUGUUCCACCAAAGUAUGAUGACCUUGGUAAAGAGUCUAGAGAUGUUUUUGGAAAAGGAUAUGGAUUUGGAUCAGUCAAGCUUGACUUAAAGACAAAAACAAAAAACAAUGUGGAAUUUAUAACUUCUGGUUCAUCUAACAAUGACACCGGAAAGGUGUUCGGUAGUUUGGAAACAAAGUACAAAUAUGCUGAUUAUGGUGUUACCUUGGCUGAGAAGUGGACAACAGACAAUUUCCUGACCUCACAAAUUACAGUAGAAGAUCAGAUAGCCAAAGGACUCAAAUUGGAAUUUGACACAAGCUUUGCACCUAACACCGGGAAGAAAUCUGCCAAGAUAAAGAGUGCUUACAAGCAGGAUUAUUUCCAUGGCACUGGUGAUGUUGACUUUGACUUUGCUGGACCAACUGUUCAAGCAUCUGCAGUUGUAGGAUACGAAGGCUGGGUGGCUGGCUAUCAGGCUGCUUAUGACACUGCCAAGUCCAAACUUAUUGGUAACAACUUUUCCUUUGGUUACCGAGGAGGUGACUUUCACAUUCACUCCUCAGUGAAUGAUGCUUCUAGAUUUACUGGAUCAAUUUAUCACAAGCUUAGCAGCAACCUUGAGGCUGCUGCAGAACUUAACUGGGCAUCUAGUAGCAGUAGUACUUCAUUCCAAGUUGGUUGCAAGUAUGAUGUAGACAAAGAUGCAUCUUUUAGGGCUAAGGUGAACAACAACAGCCAAGUGGGUGCAGCCUACACCCAGCGUCUUCGUGAUGGAAUCAAGCUCACUCUGUCCUCACUGAUUGACACCAAGAAUCUCAAUCAAGGUGGACACAAAAUUGGUCUGGGUCUGGACAUGGAAGCUUGAGGAUUUUACAGUGAACUUUUCUCCUACAAUGCAACAACUGUGCAGUGAUGCGUUGUGUAUUGAAAUUUAGUUUUUUUCAUUCAGUGUGAGAAAGCUUCUGAAUCAUAAAGCAAAUGCUUUAAGGGCUAAAAUAUGUGUAAAGUCAGGCUUGUAUGCAAUUGAUUUGUCUUGAAUAAACUUCAAAGUAACGUGUUGCUUUCUUAUCCUAAA